AUGGUACGGCGCGUCGCUACACAAGUACACAAGCAAGUUGCUCGUCUUGCACGUACGGGCUACAUCCAACAAGAACCACUGUGGUACAGAGCUGUCCUUGAACAUCCUCCUCUCCCUCUUCCACCUCGUUCUCCUCCAAUUCGCCUUCCGUCCGUUGCAGGCGCGAAACCAUAUGACCUGCCUUCGACUGCUAGCACUUCGACUGCGACUGCGGAUCUGAGAAAACCGCCCAAAGUAAAGACACAACCCAUCGUGUAUAUUGAAGAUGAAGUUCGUCAGCAGUUCUUCCGCGACCAUCCUUUUGAAGCGUUCCGCGAGCGAAGCCUCGUCGAGGCGGAUGUCAUUGAGGGCGAGCAUCCUAUACGUGGAGCAAAAUGGACGCGGCUCAGCCAACGGGGUAGGAACCCUAAGCCUGAAGAUGUGGUCCGCUUCACCGUAAACCUCUACGAACACACCCCAGGCCUCUCCCUCUCCGACGCCUACGUCUCCGCCUGCAUGCAAUACGCCGCUCUUCGCUCCGAACAAGAAAUCGCAUCCAAAAUCGCCUUAGCAGAAGCAGAAUUCUACGGUAUCACUUUCAAACCAACCGAAAUCGAGCGUGCAUUCCAGCGCGAAGCGGAACAUAUGAAGAGUUGGGAAGUGAAGAAGUACACGGAGGCAGAGUCGAUGGAGGCGCGAAAGCGCUGGCGGAUGCAUGUGGACCGACCGACGAACGCUCUUGGUGGUGAGCCGAUGUGGACGAGGGGAGAGACGUAUACGCGAUUAUGGAAGGAGGGUGUACGACCGGAUUAUUCGCCUGCUGUGUCGGCGCCGCUAGAGGGUGAAGAAGUGCGUGUUACGGAGCACGUACGAUAGAUUGAGUACAGUACACGGUUGCAACUAGCUCAAAACUACUUCAUAAUCCAUCUCAUUUGCAUUUUCGGUAGUAUUCUCCAUCCAUUGGUCUAUUGAUAUAC